GUGUGACGUCACAACGAGGCAUGUAAAAUGCAAAUUGCCUCUCGAAUGUUGUGGCGUUCUCGCAGAACGUUUUCAACACGUGCGCAAACGCAGUCGCGCGUCCGUACAAAAGGAAAAAAAAAAAGAGGUGGCCAUAACCUGUUCAUAUUGGCGACAUGAUAUCGAUAUCCGGAAACCGGGAACGCUUUAUCACCACCUGGCAAAAUGGGAGCUUAUCGAGUUAUCUUUCCCAUUUGUACGCGCUGACUAAUCGAUCGUUCUGAUACGUACGGUGUAUGUAACACCGUUCAUCUUUUUCUCCCGUAAAUGUCUAUAAUCUCGUGACGGCCGCGCGAUUGUGUAUUUUCCUUGCCGAGAGUGGAAUUUCCGUUCGUUCUGCUUCGAAGGAGUGAUGGUACCUAUGAUACAAAUGCACUUGACGAAAAAUUGAGGAGCAUGAUCUGGGCUACCUGUUGAAGACUGAAGUAAUGUAAUCUUAUCGUUGACAUGAUUCGCUCGGUCCUGAGAGAGACUUGGGAACAUCAAGAUUUUUAUCCAUGUCUAUUUUAGGACAACGGAAAAACUUGAUCAAUAUUUAUUAAAAGAACAUAUGUGAUAUGUAUAGAAAUAUGACACAGACUUGUUAGCUCUAAGAAAAUGGCAAAAGAGAUAUAUUCUGUAAAUACUGUGGCAAAUACACUUUGCCGCAGAAAAUCUACACAUUAUAUGAAAAUCCCACUGAAGUCGACUGAGCAGAUAUAUUUAAUAUUCCUCAUACCGACUUUAAUCAAUUGCUUCGUAUAUAUUAUUCAUUUUGCUGCGGACUUGGUGGUAGCUAUUCAACACUUUAAGGAGGAAAACCCACUAUGGGGGAUAUGCACCGUUGCAAUUAUCUAUUUACCGGCACUCAUGUACUUUAUACUGACAGUUUCGAGGCCCGAUUGGUGGAUGACGGAAGAUGAUAAAAUAUCGAAAGGAAUUGUAGGCUGGUUCGCCCUUCAAAUGUGUCAGUUCAUAGGAUUCGUGUUCUUCGUAUUAUAUAGAUUUGCUGGACUCAUUGUGCUAUCCGUGGAUGCUAUAAAUUUAUCCGGAGACGAGAGACUCAAGACGUUAAAUAUCGCUGCAGUACCUGCGGCCAUCGAAUUGUACUUCUUCCUGCAGGCAUGGUUUCAAGCCGCUCCGCAGGCAGUCUUUCAGACGCAUCUUCUCUUCAGAGAGAGCUCUGUGCCCCGCAGUUAUCAAUCAAUAACGGUACAGGUGCUCUGCAUUAUUAUGUCCAUUAUAAUAGUGGCCAUAAAGACAGCUUCUUUUCAAAGAUUUGAGAGCCAGCGUGUAAAUGGCAGGAAAUUACCAUGGGCAAUGUGGUUGAAGAAAUAUUGCAUUCAGGAAAUUAAUAAUAUCGAGGAAAAGGUGCCACUACAAACGUUACCUUUACCUGCAAAGAAGCAAGAAGACACGGUGAAUGCUCCAGUCAAAUCAACGGCGCCGGAAGAAAAUACGGUGACCGAGAACGAGCAAGAGCACCAGAUACAAUCGCAAGCGGCUUUGCUGGACCGUCAGAUCUCCAUGACUCCACCGUUACCACCGAAAAACGCACACGUGACACCGCCACCGACACCUCUUCGCGGCAUAACGACGGUCACACCGCUCCCAGUGCCGGACAUACCGGCGCCACCACGUCCAGAUUCUGUUUACACCGAGGAAGAGGCGACAAAGGCAGCGACUAUCGAGUCGGACCAAAGACUGGCAGAUAGCAGCGAGCGGAGCUUGAAAGUUCCUAAACGAAAGUAUUCCAAGAAGGGUCUCGAGGAGGACGAUCCAAUGGGAAAGUUCCUGUCCUUCCUCUGGUGGUUCUUCUUCAUCCUGGCGCGCGUUUUUUCCAUCGCUGUGGCCUACGAGUUCUAUCCGUUGGCCGUGGUGACAAUGAUAUGCGUGCACUACGUUAUCAUGUUGGCCUACCUGUUUUACUACUCCAAGUAUUACGACAUUAUCACGCUCGUCGUCAACCUCUGGCUCGGCCUGGUUUAUAUAUUCAGCCUGAUCGAGUAUCGGAUCAAAUUCAAAUAUGCCGACUGGUGCACGCUGCCGUACUAUGUGUUCGUGAUCGUGCAGAACGUGGCGUUCACAUUCGCGUGGUAUAUGAACGCCGACUGGAACGGAUUCUGGUACAUUUACAUAUUCUGGGUGAUCCUUGGCAGCAUGAUGCUCUGCAUCCUCUCAUCCGCGGUAUAUUACGUAAUGUUCAAGCCAAAGAAACGCAGAGUUUACAGCAGCUGACGAUCGUUGGAGGCACUGUCCUUCAGAUAAGUCUUCUGAUUGUGAAAAUCGUACUUCCGCUUUUUUAGUUCCGUAACAAGGCGUGUAAAUAAACUGUAGAUAUACAUUUAACAGAUUAAUUGAAAGUUUCAGAAGAGACAAAAAUCUUCUAGGCAUUGGCGGCUUUCUAUACUUUAUUCACACCUUAUAGAUGUUUUUUCGAUUUUCGAUAAAGCUUUAGACCUCUCGGUGUUCAGACAUUU